AUGAAUCCGAAUAUGGCGAUACCGGACCAUCCCAUUGGCCGCCGGACCCCGGGACCUCCAGGCCGGAGAGUCGAGAACGCAGAGGCCAUCCGGAGGCAAUACCUGUGGAACACACCGAACGGAAGCCGACCCGACUUUUCAGAGACCUAUACCGACGGAGACGCAGUCGUCAUUUCGUGGAAUGCGCUCAACAACAGCGUCUACGACCUGUGGCUCACCAGUUGGGCAGCAGACCCGGAGCCGGUAGCACUCUGCCUAGCCAGUAAGUUCCUCGCCGAGGAAAGGGCGGUGAACCUUGACCACGAUGGAAAUCUCAAACUGGUCACGUCCGAUCCGCCAACGGCAGAGUUGGCCAAUGAGACAAGAUACGUCCUCCGCUUCAAACCACCGACAAGCCAAGGCCGGUUCAUCUCGUCAGACCCAGACCUGUCGAGCCCCGGUUUCUUGCUCCUGAGAUCUUCGGCAGACUCUGCAGGAAACUCUUCGGUAAACGUACAAGGCGUACAGAGCACCUCGGCGGUCGCCACUACGACAGCAGCACCGACAAGGUCGUCUGUGGCUCCGUCGCGAAACGCAGACACAUCAGCCGCCGACCCCGACCAGGCCAAACCAGACAUGUCCUCGGCCACAGCGGCCGCACUGACGAUCGGGUUGAUAUUGGCCGUGGCGCUUCUCGUGGCGGUGGAGGUUGCGUAUCUUACGUGGCGGCGGAGGAAACGACGGCGGGGAGAGGACCAGGCCGGGAUGUCUCCCUCAAGUCGCAGGAAGUUGAGCGAGGGUGAGAAGAGCGACAGCGAACUGCUUGCCUAUGUAUACGGUGCGGAGAUGGCCACCAACGAUCCGCUGUGGCUGUCGCCGGAGUUGCCGGGCGAUUCAGACUGGGGACGGAGGCUUGUGCAUGAACUGCACGGCUCGAGUGUUAGCCUGCAGCUUAGGACAUGGCUUCCGAUUGCCGUCAUCGUGAAGUUCCCCUGCCUUCUAUUCCACUCGCUCGCCUCAUCCUCUGCCCUGCUGGCGUUUCAUAUUUCUGGUCCUUUCGAUCCCACGGACUUCGACGUCCGCUUCCCAGCAAUCCCGUUCCAAAGCUUGGCCGUUUUCAUCCGGCGCGUUUGUCGAAUAUCGAUUCCAGACUACCGCCCUGAGGUGUUCACCCCGACGCAAUCCGAUUGGAACAACCCCGCCAUACUUCUCACGAUGCGGCGCCCGUCGGUUGAUCUAACCGAGCCCGCUCGGAACCUAGACGAGUCGAAUGGACAACCAUCUGGAGAUAUGUCGGACGCUAUCUCUCUGAUGCCGCCUACCGAAGAGAUGGAACUCGUCGACAUAGACGGCGAAGGCCCUGCCAAGGUGUACACCCCACCUCCACACAUCGCCGCGCGGCUGUUCUACCGCUCGAUGAACCAGAACCGGCGCAAAGACAGCGCUGCGUCGUCCCGCCGCAACAGCAUAUCCUCUGCACAUUCACGCUCCUCGCACGGGUGCGGGCGCAGCAUAGGCCCCCAGAGCAAAUAUGUCGCCCAACAUCUCCGGCGGGCCUCGAUUCUCGAGGACCGGAAGGCCCGGCUUGCAGACCGUGCCGCGCACGCCGAAAAGGUGCGUCUGCGCGCGGCCCUCGCCAAGGCCGUGUCCAAGAGCUCGAGCGUGAGUGAGGAAAGGGCCCUUGCCGCGGCCCAGGCGCGUGAGCGCAAUCUCGCCGAGAUUGCUGCCGCGUGUGCCGAGGAAGUCAGAAGGGCCAAGGCGGUAGCCGAAAGCAUGAAGGAAAGACGCGAACAAGAGAUCCGCAAGUUGAAGCUGCAGAUGGAGGAACGUCUUGCCGAGGCCGAGAGACGGAGGGAAGAGCUUCGCAGUCGGAAUGCUGCCAGGGCCAAGGGAAGAGAGCGCGGGCAGAGUCUGGGCACUCGGAAGCCCUCGUCGGUCGAAGUCAUGCCCGAGGUGAAGGAGGCGAAGGAACAAGCGGCCAAACCCCUGACAGAGGAUACCGCUGCCUCUAGGAUACAGAGCUUCUGGAGGACCAAGAAGAGGAAGCAGACUGUUGCCGAGUUCUCUGCGCUGGGUCUGUCCCUAGACGCGGUCAGAGAGGCGUCCUUUGAUGAAGUCACCGCGCUGUUGUCUCAAGAGAGCGUCCUGACGUUGACGGCCCGCAUACUUCGCAUCUGCGGGCUCAAUGAGGGCGAACCGGGCUCCGUGGAGGAAAUGGCGUCGGUACGGUCCUUCUUGAGUGCCUUCCUCAUCCUGGGCCACCCAUCGCAAGUGCUCAGCAACAAGGGCGCGGAGGAGAUCCGAGAACAGGCCCGUUUGAGUCAGGUGCAGCCCAUUCCUAAGGACGGCCUGGCCAAUCCCCAGUCUCAAGAACUAGUAGGCAAGGCUAGGGACCUGCUAGUCUUAUUUGAGAACAUCCUUGGCCGCUUGACAGCAUUCAACAACUACACACCACCGCCGGCGCUACUGUCGGAAUUCCCUGAAGUUUAUGCUACCUUUUACAACGCAUUGAUCGCGUGGAAGGCUCGAGACUCUAGCUCUCUCGUCGACCUGAUGGUGAUGCAGUUCGUGGAGCUCGAUGCCAUUUGGGAGUCGGUCAAGGACAGCACCGACGGCUCGGUGGAUCAGGUGUACAAGGAGAGCAUCCGUGACAACCAGCUCCUCCUGUUGGUACGGAUCAAGAAGCUGGCUGGCGCGGCCAAGGGAAAGCAGUUGGUCGCGGAUGCUGUAAAGGCCGCGCGCAAGGCACGGGUGAAGAAGCCUGUGGGCGAUACGAAACCGCGUGUUGCGGACCAUGCCGUCACAGAGACAGCGAUGGGAGUUCUUGGCGUGGAAGAGAGCCAAGAUCACCCACAACAAACGCAGACUCUUACACCCCCGGCUACACCUUCGCGAAAGCUGGAACCAUUCAAAGUCAGCAUCGUGGUGCCCGCCCGGAGCAGCCUGUUGCCAGACAACCGGAUCGUUGCCCACGAGUUGGCCAUCAACAAAGAAUACCGCACUGACCCCCACGAGUACCACGAACAACAAGAGCGGUUGCUUGCUCCGCUCUUUCAGGGGAUGCGAGCGACGAUGCAUGAGCAGGAGCAGGAAGCCCACUUCUUCCUGCUCUUGCAAGUCGCUGACUUGAUCCGCGAGAAGCUCCAGCGGCUCGUCCAACCCGGCAACUCCAUGCAUAGCUUCAUUGGAGAGCUACUAGACACCGACAUUGCCCGGCGCCAAUUUACUAUGGGCAGCUUCUCAUAUGAGAAGUUCUUCCAGGCCAUGGGCUCAUUGCUCCCGAAGCUCUGUGCGCCGAUCCGGGACGGUGAGGUCAAGACGCUCGCCGAGGAGAAGCUGUCUCAGGGUAGCUAUGUGGAUCGCUUAGAGGCCCUGAACAGCUUCAUCGACGUCAUGCUCAGCGAUUAUGCAAAUUAUCUACUUCACUUGGCAGCGCCACGCCUGCUUCAGCAAGCACCAGCGUACGAGGCCAAAGCCUUUGCCGCCGAUCUUGAAGCAGGAAGACAUGACCUGUCCGCGGCCACCAAGUCAUGGCGUGCUGCACGCCAUAAGCUCCUCACGGAGACGUCUCGCAGAGAUCCGGAGGGCGUUAACCACCCAACCUCGCGCCUAACCGCGGACCGUAUCUAUGCGCAGCUCCUCGUCGACCUCUUCACACAGCUCUCUCCGGUUCCGCUGGAGGACACUCCCGAGAUGCUCCGUCUCGAUCACAAGCGACUCCUCGAGGCAGGGCGCGUCACGCGCCGCAUCAUUACCGCCGCGGCCAUCCUUCUGCAGUGCAAGAACCUCCUCAAGCGCGACGUACGCAUCCCGUGGAAGAACGAAGGGCAGCGCAUAUUUGCGGUACUCGAAAAGGGGGGCGACCAACAAGGUGAUAUGACACCCGAGGUCGCUGCCGAAGGCAUCAUUGCUGCCCUUGAAGCAGGGCGCUCCAUGCCCGCCGCCACGAAGCAGCAUCUCCGAGGCAUGGUGCACAAGUUCCUCGCCGCCAGCGCGGAAGCGGCCACGCAGCGGGACAGCGAGCUGAGGGAGCCGGUCCUCCGGCUUUUGCUCGGCCGGUUGCGCGGACACGUCCUGGCCCGACUGGCGGCUGCGUCUGCGAGCGAGAAGGUCAUGGCCACGAGCACGGCUGGCGAGAAGCUUGCGUCGCUGGGUCUCGCCGAGUUUGUGGAGAAGGUUAGGGACAUGGUGGAUAUGAUGGGGCGUGUCUCGGCUGUGGACCGAGAGGCGCAUGGCGUGUGGUGGGAUCGGGUUGCUGCGGCUGUUGAGGGCGAGGAGAAUGGAAGCUCGUAG